AUGGGAAAAUAUAGAAAGAGGUUCAACGAAAAGGCUCGUGCUGGUAUGCUUGCGAAGCAGGCAGCACUCAAAAAGGCCAGACAGAAGCAAUUCACUCGACAUCUCGAUGACGGCACCAAGGAAGAGCCGGAAGAUGACCCGAAGGAGCUUCUAAAUACUGAAAGUGACCCUAAUGCUGAUAUUCUCAAGCCAAUGACGGACGAGGAAAAGGCUGAACGGAAACGUAAGCUAGCUGAGGCAUUAUACUCGGAAAACGAAAAAGAAUCGAGGCUCUCUAGAGCAAAGAGGAAAAGACUAGAUAAGUACAUUGAGCAUCAGAUCAAGAGAGAAGAGAAAAGGGUUCUUCUUGAAAAGCUUGCCAAGACAAAGAUCGACACGAAUAUGCUUGCUCCAUCCAAGCUUUUAGGACAGGGCAAGCUAACGCGGAGAGAAGAGAUGAUGGAGGCUCUCGAGCUAGAGAGGCAAGGAAGAGCGGACGAGCAUACGAAAGAAGUACUUUAUGAGGAGCAUGAAGCUAAGGAUUGGUCCGAGGGCGAGAAAGAUGAGGAAAAUCUCUCCGAGGAAGAGGAGGAUGACUUUCCAUCUACAGAAAGCAAGUCGACAUUUGUGGACUUUCGUCCUCAGAAAUUUGGCGGAUCAGGGACUGGUUUUGGGUUCCCUAAUCUCGCAAGAAUAGAAAAAGACAAACCCUCGAAGAAAAAGUACACAUGGAGACUCAAAGUGGAGCAAGAGGAGAAGAAACGUGCUAAAGUCGAGGACGAAAACGAUUUUGUACUGAGCGAAGAUGAGGGAGUCGAUGAUGAUGAUGCCGAGGAAAUCGGCGAUGACAAUGGCUUAGCAGAUUCUUCGGACGACGGACAACAUUUUGAUGAGGAGGAGGACUUUACCGGAUUUGCCUCCGACGAAGACGGACUGAUCUCAUUGAAGAAUGAUGAAGCAGAUGCCAAGAUCAGCUUUGAGGGGGAAGCAGAGGGCGAAGAAAAAGGAUCUGAUGAUGAAGGCGAUGAGGAAGACGAAGACGACAGCGAUGAAGGAGAAAAUUUCGAAGAGGAAGACGAUUCAGAGCUCCCGAAACUUUUACAAAAUAAGCCAAAGCACUCUAAGGUGGCCGCUUCAUUCAAGCAGUGGGCCGAAGAACAUGUGAAAAAGAUCGAGGGCAGAACCGAGAUGGUUCUUCCAGAACUCAGGAAAGAUACCCUAGAUCAGUAUGGCCGUGGUCUUCAUGACGACAAGGCCUUUUCUGACGACGAAAAUGCUAUACCGAUUAAUCUGGACUUGAAAAGGGAAGCAUUUUACAUCAACGUUACUCGCCCACUUGAUAUACAAGAGCUGCGUUCUCGACUUCCAGUUUUUAGUGAAGAGCUCAGAAUCAUGGAAGCCAUCCACCACCAUGACUGUAUUGUAUUGUGUGGUGAAACAGGUUCUGGUAAAACCACCCAGGUUCCGCAAUUCCUUUACGAGGCGGGAUUUGGUCAUGCUGGCUCAUCUUACCCAGGUAUGAUCGGCGUAACUCAACCAAGAAGGGUGGCCGCCGUGUCCAUGGCCAACCGCGUUGGCUCUGAGUUAGGGGAUAUCCACGGCAAGAGAGUCGGCUAUCAGAUCAGAUUUGACUCGACAAUCAAGGAUGAGGACCAGCCUGACGGAACAGCUCUCAAAUUUAUGACUGAUGGUGUUCUAUUGAGAGAAAUGAUGCAAGAUUUUCUACUUACAAAGUAUUCUGCGCUUAUCAUUGAUGAAGCUCACGAAAGAAAUAUCAACACAGACAUUCUUAUAGGAAUGUUGUCUCGUAUAGUGAAACUCAGAAGAUCACGAAACAUCCCGCUCAAAUUGGUCAUCAUGUCUGCUACAUUGAGGGUGUCAGACUUUUCAGAAAACAAGCAGCUUUUCAACACACCCCCUCCAGUUUUGCAGGUUGAUGCCAGACAAUAUCCUGUUUCGGUCCACUUCAACAAAAAGACUCAAUAUGACUAUCUAGAGGAAGCUUUCCGGAAGACCUGCAAAAUUCAUAAGAAGUUACCUCCAGGCGGUAUUUUGAUAUUUUUGACUGGUCAGAAUGAGAUAAAUGGCUUGGUGAAAAAGCUAAGGCAAGAGUUUCCCUUUAAGAAGAAAACGGCACAAUACAAUGACGAUAACGGGGCGAAGUACAAAGUAAGCAACAAUGUUGCCAUGGAAGCUGAAGACAUUGACCUCGACAUUGUAUUGAGGACGAGAAAGGAGACGGAAGAGGAUGAAACUGACUCAGCAGAGGAUAGUGACGAGGAGGAGGGUUUUGAUGAAGAACAAGAACCAAAUCAAUCCGCAGAUGAUCCUCUAUAUGUCCUCCCGCUUUUCUCUGCUCUUCCGACCGUCCAACAAAUGAAGGUAUUCGAGAGUCCUCCAGAGGGAAGUCGUAUGUGCAUAGUUGCAACGAAUGUUGCCGAAACGUCACUUACUAUACCAGGAAUUCGCUAUGUGGUGGAUUGUGGUCGGGCUAAAGAGAGAAAGUACGAUGAAGAGAAUGGUGUCCAGUCUUUUGAGGUUGACUGGAUUUCAAAAGCUUCUGCUGACCAAAGAGCUGGUAGAGCCGGUAGAACUGGCCCAGGUCAUUGCUACAGACUCUUCUCUUCGGCAGUCUACGAAGAGUACUUCCCAAAAUUCAGCAAGCCCGAGAUCUUGCGAAUGCCAGUUGAAAGCAUUGUACUUACGAUGAAAAGCAUGGGCAUUGACCAGAUUGUCAAUUUUCCCUUCCCAACUCCACCAGAUAGAAAUGCAUUGUCGAAAGCUGAGAGUCUUCUUGUCACGUUGGGUGCAGUUGAUCGUACCUCAAAGAAGAUAACUGAGCUUGGCAAAACUAUGUCUUAUUUCCCUCUUAGUCCAAGAUUUGCCAAAAUUCUCAUCAUUAGUAAUCAGUUGGAAUGUUUACCUUACGUUGUUGCAAUCGUAUCUGCUUUAUCAGUUGGGGAUCCAUUCUUAGAGGAACAGGAUUUGAACUUCGAUGCAGACAACAAGCAUAGGCUGGGAGAUGAUGAGGAGGAAGACGACGAACCAGAAACACAAGCAGACUUAGAGAAGAAGCGUAAACUUCGUGCCAAGUUUUUCAAGUCGAGAGCAUUGUUUUCAAGGCUUGACGAAUUCUCAGAUGCCAUCAAGGUGUUGAGUGCCGUGUGUGCCUUUGACCACGUACCUUCGAACAAAAAAGCGCAGUUUUUGAAGGAUCAAUUCCUCAGACCAAAAGUCAUGGAAGAAAUUGCCAAACUCCGUCACCAGAUCUCAAACAUCGUUGCCAACUGUACUUCCACAGACACAAUUGCUGACAAACUCGACAAACCAGUGCGCAAAUUAGGAGUGCCAUCCAAGGAGCAAAUUGCAGCCAUUAAGCAAUUUAUUGCUUCUGGGUUCGUUGAUCAGGUUGCUAUUAGAAGCGACACAAUCGACGCAGACAUAAGCCUUUCCAAGAAGGCUACAGCGACAUCAGUUGCGUACAGCACAUUGAACCAUAACUUUGGUCCAGACAUUGAUCCACAUGUAUAUAAUCACUCAGGAUCAGUGAUUGCAUCUUCAGGUAGAACGCCGCCUCAAUAUUUGGUAUUCCAACUGCUUAACGCUGGAAGUAACAGGCAAGAGGGUAAAUUGGUACGGUUAAAGAUGAAGACACUCGUGGAUAUAUCAGGGAAGCAGUUAGCCAACGUCGCCAAAGCGUCCCCUCUUAUCACAUACUCCAAGCCUUUGGGACAUCCCUACGGUCCCAAGAAUAUUACCUCCACUAAGAGAGAGUGCUACGUUAUCCCUAGGUUUGGUGCUGCCGUUGGUGAUGGUGGACUUGGAUGGGAUCUUCCAGUGAUUAAGGUGACCCAAACCAAGAAGCACGGUCUGUGGCAGACCGAUUAA